ACCGCGUGAAGCGCGUAUAUUGAGCAUUUGAAAGGGCGCGACAUAUCUCGACAACGGCUACAACGGUGCGAGGCGCUUUCGGUGAGCGUUCCCGUGUUGUCACCGACGUCAGUGGAUCUUCAAGUACUAAGCAGCAUUCGCAAAACGUGAGGCACCUGGCUUCUCACGUGCACCUCCUGGCAACAUGCUGGCCACACCCGAGUCUCCGCCCAUGAGCAGCUCGAUGGUGUUGCGCGAGGCCCAGCGCAUUGUGCAGAAUUUAGAGGAGCUGGCCUCUACACCGCUGGUCGACACGCGCCAGAUCACUCUCGUCAACUUCACCCUGCAGAGCCCCGAGCUCGAUACGAGUGGCGCGCUUCGCCGCAAGCUGUUUGAGGAAGAGGAGGCUCCCGAGCACGGCGACACCUCGGCCGGAAGCCUGCUGAACUUUGCGGAAGAGCAUCUGGGAGCCAUUUCCUUGGGAACAAGCACGCCACUGGUGUUGUCCCCGAGCACCCCUGCAUUUGGGGCAAGUUUCACCGUUGACACAGCAGGCGGAGCAGGGCUCGAAGUGUGCGCCAUCCAAGCCACGUCUCCUUGCACGUUGCCAUGUCCUACAGAUAUCCCGACAACUGAGUGCAAAGUGGCCGGUCCUGGGACACUCGUCCCUCGUCUGUUGCCCGGUGGUUCGGCAGACGUGCCUUCGAGCCCGGACCUGGUGACCCAUGAUGAAGCACUCGAACUUUGUCAGGCUGGGGAGGGUGCAGCCAACGUAGCGGCCGACGAUGCUCCGGCCGCGAACAACGAAACAUACGUCCAGGGUUCAGACUGCGAGGCCGACAGCUCCUCCCACCACGCCGGCGAUGCGAAACCAGACAGCAACCUAGACAGCACUCCACCCGAGCCAUUGCUGGCGCUUGGGGAGUCGUUUGUUGUUGCCAGAGAAUCUCCGACUGCCGACGCAGUGGCCUUGAAUGGAUCACCCGUUCCCGUAGCCGAGACCACCUUUGCCAUCCCAGAUGCUCCCCCUGCGACUGCCGACGCAGUGGCCUUGCAUGGGUCACCCGUCGCCGUAGCAGAGACCACCUUUGCCAUCCCAGCUGAUACCCCUGCGGAGAUGGCAACAACACAGGUGCCCUCGGCCAAGGCAGACACCACCGUGAUCAUGGCAGCCAGCUGUUCGUCGCGCCAGCAGUCUACCAAAGGUACAGCACUGGUCCGCAAGAGUCUCCCAUCGCCACGCCCCGCGCCAGUGCAACGUCCUGCAGGGCGGCUGUCGAUGAUGACCAAGCCUAGGGCAGUCCCGGUGCGGCCCAGUGCUGCAACUAGAACAGCGGCAGACACCACGUUUGCCAGGAAUGCACAGGCACCAGUGAGACCAUCGCUCGUCCCAAAAGGUUGCGAGCGACCAAAGGUGAUGACCACUGAUUUAUUCCCACAUCUGGACAUGAAACUGUUUGUUCUUCAGAGGCUUUGA